AUGUCCGUCAUCCACCUGGACUCGUUCCGCGCCGACAGACCGCUCGCCGAGUCCAUCGCCCUGGCUACGCGGUCGAUCCACGCACGGCUUAACAAGCUUAUCGUCUCUCGCCUGCCCCUUGCCUUGCCCCCGCGGGCCUCUGAUCCUGCCGCCUUUCUCACCGGCCUCUUACACAUCGCACCCAUCUACACAACCUUUGAGGAGGAAUGGAAGGCUAUUCUCGACUCACCGCCCCCGACGCCGUCUCAGCCCGCCUCCAAGGACAGCCUUCCAGACGGAUGCGAUCCCGAGGCUCCGCUGCUCGACACGGGGAGUGUCCUGCUCCCCAGGGACGAGGAACCGAAGCUGCACAAGCCGGCCGUCUGUGGGAGAAUGUACUCCACGCUGGAGCAUCUGCACUUGCCCGGCCUGAUGCGGUCUGAGCGACUCCGCGCCGAUAUCCGGACCAUGACGGCUUGGCCCGAUCAUGUCAUCGAAGAACAGCUCCAACACAUCGGGCAGAUGGGCUAUCUCUCAGAGUUCCUAAAUCACAUCAAGCGCGCCGUUACGAACAAGCCGCACGUGCUCGUGGCCUAUUCAUAUAUCAUGUUUAUGGCCCUGUUCGCCGGCGGCCGGUUCAUCAGGGCGUCGCUCGAGUCGGCCGGCGAGCCGUUCUGGGCCGCAGAGCCGUCUCCCGUCCAGCCAACCAUGCGAGCGUCCGAACGGAAGGAAUGGGCUACGGAGGGUAGCUCUCACGACCUGGAAGACGACGAGGCUCCGCGUGAAGACUCAGGCGAAGCUCGACCACGACACAACAUGCCGCUGCAUUUCUUCCACUUCGACACCCCCAUGGACGGCGAGGACUUGAAGCGCGAGUUCAAGCAGCGUUUGGUGGACUCGGAGGAGAUGCUCACGCCUCGGGAGAAGCGCGACAUUGUGCAGGAGGCGGUGUGCAUCUUCGAGAAUGUCACCCUGGUGGUGCAGCAGCUGGACUCGCUCUUCCCGGACGAGGAGGGUCACGAUACAUCUCACCGAGAGAGUUCUCUGCACUCACUCGCCAGCCUCCUCAAAGGCCCUCUGGCAAAUCGACUUCGAGACAGCGUCAUCGUCACGAAGGAGCGCAAAGAGCGGAGCUCGUCGAAGCGAUCUUCCGGGCACGAGGAUAGCAGCUGCCCUAUUGCGAACCCGAAGCUGUCGGAGAAGUCGAGCGCAGGCUUCAUGAACGGCGACUCUGCGGCCCCGCCGCUGCCACAGGAUCAUCCCGACGUGGCGAACAACCCGGCGGGUAUCGAACUGUGUCCGGCGUUCUCAAAGUCUGUGAGAUUCGACAACGUGCUCGAGUUACCGGUUCGCAGUCGCGAAACGUCCAUCGCCUCGCAGGUCGACCUCCCGGAGACGCUUAGGAUGGCGUAUAAGCAGCUCUCAGAGUCCCGGUUGACGCACUGGGUGGUCGUGGUGGCGUUUGGGGUUAUCUUCCUUGGCGCCAUGGUGGCCGGCCAGCGGGCUAUUAAGGUUGAGAUUCGGCCUUGA